AUGAUCAGACGAAGAUGCCCAAAUACUGAGAAGAGUCAGAUUUACCUACCCGGGCAAGAAGGGCCCUCCUUCGCACCACCACCACUGCCCUCAGGCUGGAUCGCCCAAUGGGACGGCAACAGCAAGAAAUAUUAUUUCGUGCAACUAAGCACCGGAGCUUCGCAAUGGGAUACACCUAUCCAUGCUGCACCGACGGGACCCACACCUCAAGCUACACCGCAGGGAACUGAACAUCCGUAUGGAUUACCUGGAGAAAAUCACGGGGGCGACCAUGGAAAUAAUAUGAAUAAUAUGCAUGCGCAUGCGCAACCUGCUGAGAUGGGUGGUGACGGGACGAGGGGAUUUGGAGGGGAGAAUGCGGGAGGAGAUGGGGAGAGGGGUAUUGGGUCGUUCAUUACAAACCAAUAUUUGAAAAAACAAACCGGCGGAAUCCUGGGUGGAAGUAGUAGUUCCAAUCAAGGAAGCGGUUUGGGAAGUCUAGGUGGACUUGCAAGUUCAUUCUUGGGAGGAUCUUCAGGAUCAAGUCAUAACAAUAAUAAUAAUUCGCAUUCAACAAGUGGUAGUGGCACAUCUGGGAUCACGAGUGCCUUGGGUAGUAUAUUGGGUGGUGGAAAGAAAACAGACAAACCGCCAGCACAGACUUCGAGUUAUUCCAGUUCGCAGACUGGUCAACAUGGUCAGGGUGGUGCUAGUGGGUUGAUGGGAAGUUUGGGUGGAAUGUUUGGACAUCAGAGUCAGGGUCAAUCUCAGGGUGGAAACUUUGGAUAUUCGAACAACAGCAGCGCAAGCCAAGGAGGUUAUUCUGGAGCAGCUCCUCCAAGUUCUUAUCAGCCUGCCGGCGCAAGUCAGAACUCAUAUAGCUCUCCAGCUCCCGCACAAUCUUAUGGCCAAGGACCUACACAUAUAACAUCGUCACAGUCCUAUUCCCAAGGACCUACACAUACAGCACCAUCACAGUCUUAUUCCCAGGGACAUACACACACACCAUCGUCACCCUCCUAUUCCCAAGGACAUAACCAUUCUUAUUCUCAAGGAUCUGCAUCAUCCCAUCAAUAUGAUCCACAAAAUCCAUCUCAUGGCAUGCCAGCAAAACAACAAUAUGGUGCUCCGGGUCAACCAUCAUCAUACGGUGCUCCUCAACACCAGUCUACAUUCGGAAAUGCACCGCAAUCGCAACAUAACCAAUACCCGGGACCUCCAGUUUAUGGAUCUGGUCCAAGUUCUCCAGGCGCAUACGGUGCGCCUCAACAUCAAGGACAUCCGCAACAUCAACAGCACCAGCAACAUCAAUAUGGUGGCCCGCCUGGUCCCGAGAUGUCAGGCGGAAUUUACAGUGGCGGAGCUCCUCCUAUUCCACAUGGAAGCCAUCCUCAUCAUGGUCAACAUCAUCAACAACAUGGUUCGCAAGGUGGUUCAUCUGGUGGUUACCCUCCUCCUUCCAGUGGUUAUCCUGGUCAACCAGGAUGGUAG